CAUUCAGGGGUGGGGGGCGACCCCGACCACCACCUCACUCUCUUUUUGGAUACAAGGAGCUCUAUCUACUUCAGCAGGGUCCACUUGUUUGAGCAGUUCAGAUGGCGUCAUCCGUCAACGGGACAGAGGAGGUCAGGGUGCCGGCGCUGACCCCCCCGAAGUUGUUGGGUCUGGUGUGCGUGUUCCUCGCCCUCUGCCUGGAUGUGGGAGCCCUGCUGAGCCCGGCCUGGGUCACGGCCGAUGACCACUACUAUCUGUCCCUGUGGCGGUCCUGCAGGAAGACCUUCGGCUCUGCGGAGUGGUCCUGUGACUUCACCCUAACCACCGACUGGCAGAGGGUCACAGUGAACCUGCUUUUAGCAGGGGCGGUCCACAAGCUGCUGUGCUUCAUUGUGGCUUUGGUGUCCAUGUGCGUCGGCACUGUUCGUCGAUGUUACACUCUCGUGGCAGUGCUGCUUUUCAAUGCCGUGGUGAUGCAGAUGUGCAGCCUGGUCUUGUUCCCCAUCAAGUUCAUAGAGACGGUCACUCUGACGGUCUACCACGAGUUCAACUGGGGCUACGGUCUGGCCUGGGGGUCCACCAUCUUCUCCUUCGGAGGCGGCCUCCUCUACUGCAUGCAUCCCAAAAACUAUGAGGAAUAUUGCUAAACAAUGACCAAAGGACUGUGUCUUGCACCACUGCAAACCAGGACAAACCGGACAGUCAUGUGAUCAAAUGAUCUUGUGCACCAGAGAAAAUCAAGGUGGAGCAAAGCACAUUAUAUUCAUGGGAAAACAAAUUCAUGUCUUUUUCCAUAACAAAAAAACAAACCAUAACCAACAGCUCAAUCUGUUCCGGGGUUUGUAUGCCACGACUUUUCAGUUUGGAAUGUGUCAAAUGUUGCGAAUCAAAGGUGGUUCAUUCUUUUCUCCAGAUUUAUGAUCGAAAAAUACACAUCACUAUUUCAGUACAAUUUACGCACACACUCACAUCCGCGGAAAAUUGAAGCCAUCGAUUGUACGUUCAUAGACUAUGGGAGGAAACUGGAGCUCCCGGAGGAAACCCACCAAGGCACAGGAAAGCACCACAUCUGUUUAUGUUGUAAGACAGUAACCUUGCUGCUCACACAUAUUGUUCUUAAAAUUUAAUCCAUAUGUCUGAAAAAUAUCUAAAAAUGAAAUUUUAUAAAAGUAAGCUCAGGUGUAAAAAGAACAGAUUGAUUCCACUCAAUAAAUAAAUGUAAAAAAUAUACAAAGACAUUUUAUUUAACACGUUUUAUGUAAGAUUUAAAAAAAAAAGAUUUUCUGGUACACUACAGCUAGAUCAUCAGAAAACAUGGAAGCUGCAGCAGCUCUCAUAACCUUCCAGGAACAGAUGGAGCCGGCGACUUCAUGCCAUGAUGAACUAUCGGACCAAUUCAAUAAUCAGAACACAGAAGACAAACAACGUGGUUCACUGCUGGGGACAGAGCAAGACCAUUUACAUGAUUUCCACAGGAUGUUAACCGAGCGCGGGGCAGAGCUGAGGAAAUGCUACACGCUCUAUUAAGACAAAGCUUUUCCCUCCACUAAUGGAAUCAUGUCCAAGUACAAAGGAUGUGCUUCACUCUCCUCUUUAUUUCAAACCUAAAUUGGGCAGAGUAAACCUGAAAUAAACGCAGAUAUACUGUCCUUUUCCUGGAUGACCUGACGCUGUUGUAACAUACUGUAGAUAAGCAUGUGAGUGAAAUACGGUUCAUAUCUGGAGAAGGCAAAUGAUCUUGUCUGUGCCGUGUAUGUGUGGAAGGUCAGCACAGACCUGCUCAUGUGAUGCCUCCUCAUCUUUCCUCUCUGCAGGAUGUAAUCUCAGCAUAACAUCCUUUUGGUUUUAUCUUUCCAGGGAAAUACUCUGAUCAAGCAUACCGCUAUGACCAUAAACAUUGUAUAGAUAGUACAUUGUAAACUGCUACUCUAUUGAGAUUAAAUUUAAACAUGAUUUAUGAGAGUUAACUAGUGGAUUUUUUUUUUAGAUUAUGUACCUAUUUUAAGUGAUUUUGCUUAAAUUAUAUGUUGCUGGUGCAUGUCAUUUCUUAUAUUGUAUAUACAUUUUUUUAAUCUCCAUUUACAACAGGUUUCAUUUUUGCAUAUUCAUUGCUGUUGUUUUUUUUAGACCAAAAACAUCCAACAAGUGUCGCUGUGAAGGUGGUCAACACAAUAUUAGUCAGCAGGUCACAAUAACUGGUGAGUGUAUAUGACAAAGUGUUUACAAAUAUUUUUUUAAAUAGUCUCUAUAUUAGCAAACUGAAGAUUAGUGAAGUAAAAGGUGCUGAAAUGAUUCCAAAAAUAAACUUGUGUGGCCAGUGCAUGUCACUGUUAUUUUAUUGUGCUCCGUACUGUAUUUGGUUUGAUUUGUAAUGCAAUAAAACC